UAGCCAAUCAGAGCGCAGGGUUUUCUGACCCGACCUCGAAACCAAAAUACAGGAGUGGGGACUCCUCUGCUCUAAAACCCGCCGCGGCGCGCUGAGCUGAGCUUUACCCGCACAUGGAUCCCACUUAGCUUCAGACCUCUGACCUCAGACUCUGCUGUAAGAGGAAGGCCCGGCCACCUGUGUCCUCCUCAUGUGCAUCAUUUUCUUUAAGUUCGACCCCCGCCCCGUGUCCAAAAAUGCCUACAGGCUCAUUUUGGCUGCCAACCGAGAUGAGCUCUACAACAGGCCGUCCAAAGCUGCAGACUUCUGGGGCAGCAGCAAGGAAAUCCUCAGUGGGCUCGAUCUGGAGGAGGGGAAGGAAGGCGGCUCCUGGCUCGGGAUCACCAAGCGUGGCAAACUGGCAGCACUGACCAAUUACCUGGAGGGCAGACCCAACCCGGACGCCCAGGGGAGAGGGUUUUUGGUGUCCAACUUCCUGACGGAUAACCUGGACAGUUUCUCUUAUAUGCGCAAGGUGGCGUCGGAGGGGCACCUGUACAAUGGCUUCAACCUCCUGACGGCUGAGUUCAGGGCCAGCGAAGACACGGUGUGUUACUAUGGAAACAAGGGCAGUCCGGAACCCAUCCGCCUGAAAGCGGCAGGAAUCUAUGGAUUGAGUAACUCUCUGUUAGAGACCCCCUGGAGGAAACUGCAGCAUGGUAAACAGCGCUUCAUCAGUGUGGUGGACAAAACGCUGCCCCCCGAAGGCCUGGUGCAGGAACUGCUAACCGUCCUCAACGACGAGGAGCUAAACUCGCCGGACUCCAUGCAGGAGGGUCAGGGGGUGGGAGCGUACAGUAAGGCCAUGCUCCAGGCUCUCUCCGCAGUGUGUGUGCGGUCCCCGUGUUAUGGCACCAGGACCAACACUGUAAUCCUGAUCGACAGCGAGGGCAACGUGAGCUUCACCGAGCGCACCAUGCUGAACUGUGACGUCACCCAGUGGAGCACCAAAUCCUUCCAGUUUAAGCUCCAGGAAUGAGGGUCAAUGAGCCCCCGCAAUCCGUGCCUUCCAGCCCUCCAGCCACGCAGCACCACUGCACUGUCCUCACACCGGUCUAAUCCUCAGACUCCGCCCUGCUACAGUGGGGGGCGGGUCCAGAUUCUGAUCAGUCUCGCUGUUAGUGAGAGGGUUUUACUGUACUCUCCUCCGUCCGGCCUCUGUCCUGUUCAGCACUGCAUAAAAUGACAAUCUUAACAAGCUUCUCAAAAUGUUUAUUUGUAUAUUUGUAUUUUUUCUAGAUAAUUUUUUGGGUUGCUUUAUAAGUUAAUAAAAAGCAGAUAAUUUAGAAAUUCUUAAUACUGCAUAAACAAUGCUUAUAAUACAGCUCUGAAAAAAAUUAAGAGAUCACUUCAGUUUCUGAAUCAGUUUCUCUGCUUUUGCUAUU